CAGAGACGGACUGAGAAAGAGAGGACGUAACGAGAGAGUAAAGUUAAAAGGUCAUUCUUCAUUUUCCUCUGUUGCUGGAUUUCCUGGAUUACUGAAGAUUGUUUUUACGCACUCUCCAGGACUCUGCAUGACUCAGCACCGCGUCCUGCCUUUAUGCCUUUUUGCACGUGUGUAGUUUUUUGGUGGUGAAUUCAUGUAAGAGGAUGGGAGUCCUUCGCCUCUCUCUGGCUCUCCUCUUCCUCCUCUCCUCUCCCGUUCAAGCCCAGUGGUGGAGUUUCUUCUUGCCAAAACCUAAAACAACUACCACCUCUUCUCCUUCAUCCACUCCUCCUUCCAUCACCUUUACAUCCAUCACCUUGUCGGGUCCUUCUGACACCACUGGGACAACAGAGGAGGUAACAGAGGGAGCCCUGGAGGGUUUUACUCAGACAGGAGGGCCUGAGCUGACUCCUACAACCCACCCAGAGGUGUCAGUCUUUAGACACAGUACUGCAGAGGCUCGGACAUUACCUCCAGAGGAGAUCACAGGUGGAGGCAGCAAAACCAGGGCCAUAUAUAAAGCUCUGAAACACUGGAAGAGUGAUCGAAGCUCAGGAAGUCAUCUGGACCUGACAGAGUUAAUUGGCGUCCCCCUCCCUCCCUCCGUCGCCUUCACUCCGGGCUAUGAGGGCUUCCCGGCCUACAACUUUGGGCCUGAAGCAAACAUCGGCCGGCCCACCAAGACCUUUGUGCCAGGGUCAUUCUACAGAGAUUUUGCCAUCAUCGUCACGAUACGUCCAGACACUCAGAGAGGAGGCGUGCUCUUUGCCAUCACGGAUGCCCGUCAGAAGGUGGUGGAGCUGGGCUUGGCCCUCACUCCGGUGCGUGGCGGCCUGCAGAGCAUCUUACUGUACUACACUGACAGAGAGGACGCCUCCCACAGCCACAAAGCUGCUGCCUUCAGUGUCCCAGAUAUGACAAACCAGUGGACACGAUUCACGGUGGUGGUGGAGCAUGAAGAGGUGCGUCUCUACAUGGACUGUGGAGAAGCGGAGAGGACCACCUUCCAUCGGAGGCCAGACAGACUCGCCUUCUCACCCAAUUCAGGCAUUUUUGUCGCCAAUGCGGGAGGCACCGGGCUGGACAAGUUUGUGGGAUCCAUUCAGCAGCUGGUGAUAAAAGAUGAUCCCAGAGCAGCUGAGGAGCAGUGUGAAGACGAUGAUCCAUAUGCCUCUGGCUACACCAGUGGAGAUGACGGUCUGGAUGACCGAGAGUCAGAGGAGGAGAUGAUGAAAAACACUGAGGAGAGAAAACUCGGCUCUGCACAGGACAGCGUUCCAGUCAGAGCUCCGCCCACUGAGGCUCCAGAGGUGGAGCUGGAUGAGUACUCCGGACACCAGACCCCAACUGAGGCCACUGAAGGGAUACUGAGAGGGCCUCACAGGACAGAGGAGCCGGGGGAGAGAUCAGGAGAGGGUCGUGGCAGGCACGGGUACAAAGGAGCACGUGGAGACCCUGGACCCAGAGGCCCAGCUGGCCAACCUGGUCCCCCAGGUCCCACCCCUCUACCUGGACAAUCUCACCCUGGUCCAAGAGGGACUCAGGGAACACCAGGACUCCCUGGAUCCCCAGGACUGCCAGGGAGAGAUGGACAGCAGGGAAGAAAGGGGGAUAAAGGAGAUCCAGGUCAGAGAGGGACUCAUGGAUUGGAUGGAGAAGAAGGAGCUAAAGGAGAUAAGGGUGACCAAGGAGUUGGUAUGCCUGGUCCUCCUGGUCUCCCAGGGCCCCCUGGACCUCCCAGGUCGCGCAGUGUUCCUUACGGAGCAGAUGCCCUUGGUUCUGGGUUUGAAGACCUUGAGAGUGAUACAGAACUCAUCAGGGGUCCUCCUGGUGUACCUGGGCCUCCAGGACCCCCUGGUCCACCUGGGCCUCACCUGUCGUCAUCUGGGUCAGCUGAAGGCCCCUUUCCAGGGCAUGCUGGACCACCUGGUCCUGUUGGUAGGGACGGACUUCCAGGGAACCCAGGAAUACCUAUGUUUGAGGAUUGGUUUAGUGGUUCUGGACCAGAUGGUUCAGGCUUGAGCUCAGGGUUGUCGUCAGACCUCGGCUCAGGUUUCAGUUCUGGGUUCAGUCCUGAGCCCAGUUUUGCGUCUGGUUCUGGACUUGACUUUGGGUCUGCUUGGGGUUCAGGAGAGGGUCUCUCAGGACGAAAUGGGUCUCCAGGUCUACCAGGAUCUGUGGGAGAGAAGGGUGACCAAGGCUCACCAGGGUCACCUGGACCAAAGGGCGAAUGUGGGUUUGUAGGUACCGCUGGACACUCAGGGACACCAGGGCCAGCUGGUCCACCGGGACAGAGAGGCCCAUCAGGUCCUCCAGGACCUCCCGGCCUACCUGGACCUCCAGGAACCAAGUUCUUUGUAGAGGAUAUGGAGGGAUCCGGGAAGAGUGAUAUGCUCAUUGGAGCUGGAGUCAGAGGCUCACAGGGACCGCCUGGUCAACCUGGCCCACAGGGACCCAAGGGUGAGGAUGGAGCCAUGGGCGCUCCAGGGCUCUCUGUCAAGGGAGAACCUGGAGACCAGGGUCCAACAGGUUUUCAGGGUCCUGCUGGACUUCCAGGAGCUAGAGGGGCCAAAGGAGAAAAAGGCAAUCAAGGAUCAAAGGGUGACCGAGGUGUUGAUGGGCUCAGUAUCUCAGGACCACCUGGGCCUCCCGGACCUCCUGGAUCCAUCAUUAAUCUGCAGGAACUCCUUCUCAACGUUACGGACGGCACCUUCAACUUCACAGAGAUCAGGGGACCACCAGGGCCCAUGGGCCCUGAAGGCCUGGCUGGCAGAGCUGGAUUUCCUGGCCCCAGGGGACCAAAGGGAGAUGUAGGUCCUCAAGGUGUCCAGGGGCCAUCAGGACUCAGGGGAGAGAAGGGAGAGCCAGGGGUGACCAUCGCUGCCGACGGAUCCAUCAUGUCAGCACCACGAGGCCCUCAGGGGCCCAAAGGCAUCAAGGGUGACCGUGGGUAUCCUGGACCUUCUGGACUUAUAGGCCCCAUGGGACCAACUGGACAGAAAGGAGAGUAUGGCUUCCCUGGUCGCCCAGGUCGACCUGGUAUGCUUGGGAGGAAAGGAGACAGAGGAGAAUCUAUCGGCAUGCCGGGACCUCCAGGUCCUCCAGGCCAACCUGGACAUCCAGGAAGAGUCAUUGGGCUGAAUGGAACAGUGUUUCCGGUGCGACCCAGACCGCACUGCAAAAAGGGACGAGAGUCAGAGACAAGGGGAGAUUCACUUGGAGUUAAAGGAGACAAAGGAGAUGUGGGAGCAACUGGAGAGCCUGGAACACCUGGUUCUGGGUUUCCUGAUGGAAUUGUGGGGGCGAGAGGUGAUCAGGGAUACCUAGGUCAGAAAGGAGAAAAGGGAGACGGUGGUCUGCCUGGUCCUCCAGGACUGCCCGGGAGGUCAGGACUUGUGGGUCCAAAAGGUGAGUCCAUUGUGGGUCCUCCAGGCCCUGCUGGUGAUCAGGGUCAAUCUGGAACCCCUGGCUUUGGACGACCUGGCCCUCGAGGACCACCUGGCCCUGCUGGUCCCCCGGGACCCGUAUCUGCACAUGGAUCAGGUGCCAAUGUUCCCGGCCCUCCUGGUCCUCCUGGCCCACCAGGACCCCCAGGAUACGCUAACCCGGUGUCCACCUACAAGACCAUCCAUGCUAUGAGCAGAGAGACUCACCGUGCUGCAGAGGGGACGAUGGCCUUCGUGUCAGAGCGAGGAGGAGAGUUGUACAUCAGAGCACGCAACGGCUGGCGAAAGAUACCGCUUGGAGAGUUGGUCAACCAUGGGCCUCAGUCCUCAGCGGCCUCUCAGGCCCUCAGUAGGCCUGGAGAAUGGAGCAGACCACAGAGGGCUCACAGUCAGGAGCUUCAAGACAGCAGUCGAGGAUAUCAGCCCAGCUACAAUGUACUACCACAGACCUUCAACGCUGUGCCUGGGCUCCAUCUGGUGGCCCUGAACGCCCCGCUGAGAGGAGACAUGCGUGGUAUCCGGGGUGCAGACUUCCAGUGCUACCAACAGGCUCGCUCCAUGGGCCUGACAGCCACGUACAGGGCCUUCCUGUCCUCACACCUCCAGGACCUGGCAACCAUCGUGAGGAAGGCCGACCGCACCGACAUGCCCGUGGUUAAUCUGAGGGGUGAAGUGAUGUUCAGCAGCUGGAUGUCCAUCUUCUCUGGGAAUGGAGGGACAUUUAACCCAUCCAUACCCGUCUACUCCUUUGAUGGACGCAACGUGAUGACUGACUCAACGUGGCCAGAGAAGUUGGUUUGGCACGGCUCCAGCACCGUGGGAAUCCGUCUGACCACCAACUACUGCGAGGCGUGGAGGACGGGUGACAUGGCGGUGACGGGACAAGCUGCCAUGCUGCAGACAGGACGACUGCUGGGACAACACACCCGCUCCUGCUCCAACCACUACAUAGUGCUGUGUAUAGAGAACACAUAUGUGGGAAACACACAUCAAAAGAGGACCUGAGGAGGCGGAGGAAACACACACACACAUGCUUACACACACACACGUAAAUGCACGUGCAGGCAUACUGAAAGAUGCUAACACAGUACAUCCAACAUGAAAUGAGAGAAACACGCAGGCACAUACACACAUUCUGAUCACAUCACUGCAAAGAAGCAACAUUAAAGUUCACAGACAAGAGGCACUUGUGUUCAAACAUGCAGGACAGACACACACACACAUUUGCAUGCAGGGGCAAACACCUACAGUCGAGCACAGAACAAUAAACAGCACACACAUUGAGUUCAUCUUUAGUACCAAUUUAUAAUCCAUCAUGACCAAUCCGUCCCAGUCUAGAUUAUUUAUUCUCACAAUGUUGCAGCACAGAGAAUCAUAAAACAGGACAGUGUGUGUCUUUGAAGUUAAAUGCAUUUAAGUCAAAAGAACUCCACAGACCACGUCAGGCGUGUGUGUCCCUCACUGUAAAGAUUUGAUCUUGCUUUUAGGGUUUAGAUGUAAGAUUGUUGUAGCUCCAUGCAGUCUUUGGUUCUGAUCCAUUUCCCUCCAUAUUCAAUGUUACGUUACUUUUACAUGGGGGAUAUGUAACAAGAUGGCUUUAGCAAUCCAACAUAGAACAAAAUAUGAGAUAUAAUGUCAACUUGAUGUCCCCUGCAAUGGAUUGAACACCUCAUUUCAGACACAGAUGUGAACUCUUGGCUCACUUCAGCCAAGUUGUAUGUCAUUUUCAAUAGUAACAGUGGGAAUUGGCUUCAAUGUAAAAUACAUGGGCUAAAAACAUUGGGAUACAUUAAUUCUCCUCACAAUGGUAAGAACAUAUUGUGUCUUUAUUAGUAUCAUAAUGUGUUCUUAUGAUUUUUAAAUCUUGUGUUUUCUGGAACAGAAGUUUGCAUAAGCAGAGUCCAUUCACAAAUGUAAGGCUGACUAAUUAACAUGACAGUAUUGUAGUUGAGAGUGAGGCUGUAUUUAUUCUGCAGAGGAACUUACAAAGAGGGAGAAGGAGAUCAUUUAUCUUCAGCAGCUUUUCUUUACUGUUUGUAAUUAUGAUCAAACCCAACAGGAAGUCUUAAAUCAACAGUAUGUUACUGUAAUAUUGUCCAGUGUGUUUUCUCUGUCUUAUCUCCACUGGAUACUAAAAAAGACCUUCAUCUGCAAAAACAGUCACUUGAGCAACUAUGUUGUUUUCCAUGAAGAGGCUCAAUUAUUUUCUUAAACAGCUUUUGAUUGUAGUUUUAUCAAAUGUUAGUGACACAGGAGGAACAACUGUCUCUGCAGGGACUACUUAAAGCAGCAGAUCAAUACACAUUUUGUGCUCCACUUAGUUUCAAUUCAGCAGAAGGAUAAUGUGUGUGUAUGACUGUAGGACCACAUUAUCCAGGGCAUCAGGGUAGCUAGAAAAUAUAUGUGACUACCUGAACACACCCACGACUGUUAGAGGUUUAUAUUUUCUAGCUCUUCCCCAGUCUGGUCAAAACUGAAUUUCUACCAGUCCAGUUGCCUUACGGAUCAAGCUUUGAAUCAGAGUAGGUCCUUCAUGUAACUUUUACAUUUUUCAGACAACAGAAAAGCAGAGAGGAAUAAAACAUAUCACCCUUCCAUACGUAGACUACAUGAUUGUUGUUAGUAGGCUAUUCAAGUUCUGGUUUUGGUCCAUGAAUGUGAUUUGUUAAAAAAAGAAAAAGAGGACAUCACCAGAUUCAAUAUUUUAACACAACAUGUGCACACGUGACACAUGUCUGUCAUCAAACUUUGACCCCAACACUCAAUGUCCAUUCUCUCUGUCACACUGUUAAUGUAACACACUGUAUGUAAAUGACUUCCUGCUCGCAAAGUCGGCCAAUCACAGCAUCACCUUUUUUCACUGGCAGUUGAUAAUCCUCCAAAAAAUGUCAGUAUUAAACCAAAAGGACAUUUGAUCAGGUCUUCCCUCUAAAUUUUGAAUCUACAGAAAACAAAUAUUCCAGGGAUUAGUAAUAAGUAAGGGUGCUUGAGGAAGUGCAAACUAAUAUUGAAGGUUUCCUCUGCUGAAGACUUGACUUAAUACUUUGAUUUCUCUGUGGUGCAUUAUUUGUCAGUUUAUUGCAAUCAUUAUUCACAUCCCAUAAUCCAGUAUGCAAAUGAUUGCCCUACAUGAAAAGUCCACAUCAGGAUCAUUUAGGAAUGUUUUCUGCAGCAUGCAGAACUAAUCACAACAUUCACAUCAGAGCUCUAGCUUUAGCAUUAGCGUUGAAAUCAGAGUGUGAUUAUCAUUAAUUUAUACAGUAGCAGGACGUAGUUUAAACAUAGUGAGUUCACUUGCAGAUUUUGAUGAAGUUGAGAUGUGUAUAAAUUUAUAUGUGUGUUGUUAUUGUCUUAAUGUUGUUUUUUUUACUCUGUAGAGGUAGCUUUUGUAUGUCACACACUAAAUGACUGAUAUAUUUUCCUCUCACUGAAGUUGAACUGAGUUGUAGUUCUGUUAUCCUGCUUGUAAAGAUGAUACAGGCCGGACCGAAGGCACACAGUGUUUGAAGUAUUCUGAUUUUCAAUGUAAGAUUUCCUGGUGUCAUAUUAAGAUGUUCAAAUGAAACUUGAGCUUCUGGGGGAAAACAAAUGUUUGUACUGACUGACUGGUGCUCACUGAAUAAAUGUCUUUUGUGUGUUUUUUUUAA